AUGGUUAUCACUGUUGGUUCCUCCCUUCCCAAGACUGAACUCUUCGAGACAAGCCCUGAUGAUAAGAAGACCUUGGCUGAUGUUUUUGGGAUGAAAACUGGGAUUCUCUUCGGCGUCCCAGGAGCCUUCACUCCCACUUGUGACCAGACCCACUUGCCAAGUUACCUCAAGGACUACGAACAACUGAAGGCCAAGGGCGUUGAGGUCAUCGCUUGCAUGGCUGUCAAUGACAGUUUCGUCAUGCAAGCUUGGGGUAAAGCCACAGGGGCCGAGGGCAAGAUUCACAUGCUCGCCGACAUCAAGGCUGAUACCGCUAAGGCUCUGGGGGUUGAUUUCGAUGUGACUCCGGUCCUCGGGAAUGUCAGAUGCAAGCGCUUCGCUGCUGUUAUCAGGGACGGGAAAAUCGCGGCCAUAGAGGUCGAGCCGGAUAAUGUAGGCGCUUCUUGCACCCUGGCUAAGAUAUCUACAAAUACCUCUGAGCGUGAUCUGCUCCGGGGGUAA